AUGCCUGGCGACACACCACCCAUCAACGUGUCUUUGCCAGCUGUAGACGAAAAGCACAGCGCGCUCAGAAACGACGGGGAACUGUCGGUGGUACAAUCGAAUGAUCGAGUAGCCCAACGGAGCAAGAAAUCGAAAACUCCAGCCGACUUCAAACCUGUAAAAACCACACCAUUUCGGAAAAUUGACACUGCUGCCAAUGAGAAGCCACAAGCUGGCGCUCUGGAUGCCGUGGACGAGAAAUUCUCCGACAUCGAUAAUCUCGGCGAAGACUCCGAGCAGGAUAGCGACGACCCUUUCACCAUCUACGAUGCAGUAGCAGGACGACUUGGUUACGAUGGACUUGUCAAGGAGAAUCAGCAGCCGGUCGCUGCCGCCGACUAUUUAUUUCGCUACAAGCAAGAUCCUGCGCAAGAUGCAAGCUACGAGCAGUUCUCGGCGCAUCGAUAUCUUCAACAUCGUCUACCAGACUCGGAUCUGCUGAAAGCCAUACAUGCCCAUGCGUCCGACUUUUAUGGCGCGCACCCAGAUGCUCAAGAUUCAUUCGAGAGCAUGGAUGAGACUGCACUGAUCGCGAUGGGCAUUCUCCUCGAGGAAGCCGCUGCUGAACGUCUCGGUAAGACUGGAGAUCUAGCCUUUGUUGAGGCAGCUCGUCCGGGUGAGGUGGACUCUCCGAAGCGUGCUGGUCGCAGGAACAAGCGGCAAAAAACCAGGCAUGGAGGUGGCGUGAAGGAAGAACGAGCUUUCAAGGCAGACUCGGGGUCUUUGGACGAUCAAAGCUCGUUGAGUGAUCCAGGCCAGUCGUCCCGCCGGAAGCGACGUAGAGGAGGCGGAACGAGCGAAUCGGAUAUCGCCACCGAGAACGAGGAGGAUCACACCGAUGAAGAUCCAAGCCAUAACAGCGAAGUUGAGUCCUGGAUUUCGCAAACUCUUUUGGACGCUCAUGGCGAACCCAACGGCGAAUAUGGCACGGCUGCCGACUUACCCAUCAGAUGA